AUGACCAACGAGCGUGCUUCGCUCGAUUUGGCGUCCCUGCAGCAGCAGCUACAAAAACAUCGCUCUUCAUUGUCAGAUGCGAUCCUUUCACAUCUACCAUCGCCAUCAGCUUCAUCGCCGCCCGCAUCCAAGCAAUCGCCUGUUGAUGUCCGUCGUCCUGCGACUCUUGGUGUUGGAGCGACGACUGAUGGGGGCAAAUCUGCGCCGAUCCAUCCCUCGGAUCAAAAGUUUCGCGCGAAACUAGGUGCUCGAGCUGGGCAAAAGCGGGAACAUGCAUCAAGCUCAUUGAACGAGCCUCAGGACGGCAGCGAUAUCGACGAAGAAGCAGACACGCGCUCCUCUGUGCCCCGCAAAAAAGCGCCCCAGAAAACGUCCGACAUCUUUGCGGCGGCCGAGGCCAAAGCCAAAGCCGCGCAUACAAAGGCACCACCUCGUCCUGUGCCGCCGGACUUGGCCACUAUGAGCAAAGCUCAGCGCAAAAAAUGGAAUAAGCGUCAACGAAUCGCAGAGUCUGUCUCUAAUGCUUCGGACAAGACUCCAUCCCUUCGUUCCUCGCAGUCUCCUCCCAAUGCACUUGCCUCGUCUGAGCCGUCGCCUGUUCCGACUCAGGGCAUCGCUUCUGGGUCUGGUGAGGACGUUCAGAACGCAUCUACUCAACUGGAUAGUCAUCAUAAGGUACCUGUGCCUUUGCUGGAGUCAUCGUCCUCCUCGUCUUCCUCAUCGAAUAUGACGCCACUGCAAUCGUCCAUGCUAGCCAGCUUGCAAGGCGCCAGAUUCCGAUCCAUCAACGAGCGACUUUAUACCCAUCACUCAAGUGACGCGCUCGCAUUUAUGAAGAACGAGCCGCAGCUCUUCGAUGACUACCACGCAGGAUUCCGUCAACAGGUGCGCAAGUGGCCUACGAACCCCGUGGACCGGAUCGCGGAUUUGCUCAUACGAACGAAAAAAAGCCACGCUGACCGGUAUCCCAUCCGUGCUUCAAAUCUACCUGGAGCGCUUAUCGUCGAUCUAGGUGCUGGCGAAGGUGGACUUGCGAAGAAACUUGCCCCGCAUGGCUUCCACAUAUUGAGUUAUGAUCUCGUCACGACCGCUGAUGGCUGGGUUCGUGGACUCGAUGCUGCCGCCAUUGAUGCUCUCCCAUUGCCAGGUGUAUUCGCACCCCUCGGACUUGUGUGGCAUCACGCCACGUCUGCUGCCAUGGUCGACGUAGCUAUUUUUUGUUUGAGUCUCAUGGGCACAAACUGGGUUCACAUGAUCUGUGAAGCUUGGCGCGUCCUGAAGCCCGGGGGCGAGCUGGUCAUUGCCGAGGUAUCAAGUCGCUUCGGCUCCACGGGCGAAACUCUUGCAUUUACAGAAUUGGUCAGGGCAUUAGGCUUUCAUCUCGAUUGGCAAGACUCGUCCAAUACGCAUUUCGUUCUACUGAAACUCUCGAAAACCAUGGAUUAUCGGCAAGCGUCUCAGGAGGCCCUAUCCCCUAUUGAGCAUACUAUGGUUUCCAACACGAGGACCAAAGUGGAUCCUCUUGCAUUGCGUCAUGCUGUGGCACAGCCCGCUCAGGCACAAGAUGUCCUCGACUUACUGGUGCGUAGCGGCGCACAAAUUCUCAAACCAUGUCUAUAUAAACGAAGAUAA